UCUGUUUUUUCUGCAUCGGAGAUUCUCUCCACCCCUUUCAAGUCAAAGAAGGGAAGGGUAAGGGGGAAAAUAAAAAAGAAAAAGUGGGUAUGAAAUGGGAUGAGAGAGGAAGAGUCACGGCUCAUGGCAUAUAUUCCACCAACAUAACCCCACAAAUGCUUCCUUAUAUGGAGUGAGAUCAAACAACAGCACAACUACUCCCAAUUUAUAAAGAGAACUAUAGCUCCGACAUAUUGAAGCAUAGCUAAAAGCAUCAAAAGUAUAUUUAUGUUUCAGUCCAUUGCCAGUAUUUCUUCCAAAAAAAGCGAAAAUGGAUCACCAAAAUGAGCAAAAUCAAAGUAUGCGUUUGGUUUUGUCCACUGAUGCCAAGCCUAGGCUGAAAUGGACUCCUGAGCUUCACCAAAGGUUCACUGAGGCUAUUAAUCAACUUGGAGGUGCAGAAAAGGCAACUCCAAAGAGUCUUAUGAGAGUGAUGGGGAUUCCUAGACUCACUUUGUACCACCUCAAGAGCCAUUUACAGAAAUAUAGACUUGGGAAAAGCCAACAGCCAGAAACCUGCUCUGACAUCAAACAACAAGGUUACAUAGAAAUCCAAAACAGUGAUGGUCAUUGCAGCAAGGAAAUCACAACUGGAACCCAGAAUGAGAUGACUGAAAGCAUGAAGAUUGCUCAAGCUCUCCAAAUGCAAAUGGAAGUACAAAGGAAACUUUAUGAACAAAUCGAGGUCCAGAGACAGUUGCAGCUUAGAAUCGAGGCUCAAGGGAAGUACCUACAAUCGGUACUAACAAAGGCACAGGAAGCCCUUGCAAGUUACAGUUCUUCUUCCACAGUAGGUGCAGAACUUGCAAAAGUUGAACUUUCUCAGUUAGUUUCAAUAAUCAACAAUGCAUGCCCAAGUUCUCCAAUUUCAGAACUCACAGAAACAAGAGGGCUCAGUUUGAACAAUGGAGAGAGGAAACAAGACAGAGGAACCAUGUGUUCACUGGAAAGUUCUUUGACAUCAUCUGAAAGCUCUGGGAGAAAAGAAGAGAAACAACCAAUGGAUGAGGCAGAGGACACUCAAAUGUCUGAUAGUGUUUCCGUUGAAUUGCCAUUAAUGGCCGAAUACCCACAAGAUAAAGCAUCCAAGGGAGAUACAAGUGAUGGAAGUAGUAGGAGAAAGAGAAGUGAAGCACUAGAUUCUGAUGGUAGCAGCAUUGAUCGAGCAUGUGGAAAAAGAUGUGGCAACAAGUUGAGGAAAUCUGAGUUGUCAGAAAUGCUUGACUUGAAUAGCCAAUGUCAUAGAGACAUGGACUCAAAUGUGAAAGAAAUAGAUUUAAAUUGCAGUUCAAGCUUUUGGGGGAAAUGAAGAUGUUUCCUAAUGUAAUAUUUAACAUAUGCAAGAGAAUUAUUAUCAGAUGAAAAUAUGUUUAUAAAAUAUGUAUAUUUUUAUAAUGAAAAGAAAGAAAAAGGUAUAAUACUUAUUUAUG